CACAGCGAGUUUCACUACAAUCUAUCGUACCAUUCUCCGGAUAUUGUCGUAUUGAUAUUGAUAAUGUCGGUGUAGUCGAGUGUAGACUGUGCUACGAAGUGGAAAUGUGCGAUAGAUACUUAAACAUUGUUAGUGGCGAGUUAUUCGAGAAAUUUUAAAACCUUUUUAUUGUGCAACUAUCGGGUUUGCGCUAUAAGUGACAUGAAUGCCGGAAGCUCACAGGAAUCGGAGUCAGACCCGGCCUCCCACGACGGGUAUUUUCUCAGGCCCUGGAAGGAUUGGACACAAUGCUGAUUGAGGGCUUGAAAACGAUCACCAGUGAGGCUUUCACGCUUAAGUAAACGAAGGAAUCACUAAUAGUGUACUGCAGCACCAUCCUGGACUGGGCGACGGUAAAACGGUCCCUGAAGGAGAAUAAGAGCCAGUACCAUACCUACGCCCCCUCGACGGAAAAAACACACGCGUUCGUCCUGAGGGGGUUAGACGGGAAAGUCGAACCGCGUGCGAUUAAGUAGGAUCUGGCGGACAAAGGGCUGGUGGUGAAGAGUGUCUUCAAAAUGAAGACUGUUCAGGCCGCUCUACUUCGUCGUCACCGACGACAAAGCUGAACCUCACUCACCUCAAAGUCGUCACCUCAAAACUGAAGCUCAUUCCGAAAGCUGAACGCCGAGGCGAGGGUGGUGUGCAGGGUUAGGGUUUCAUGGGAAACCCGCAAGAACCGGAGGACUCUCACGCAGUGUCGUCGGUGCCAGGGCUGGGGCCAUGUCUCCGGAAACUGCCGCCGGUAAUUCAAAUGCUCUCGAUGCGCCGGGGGGCAUGAAAUCACCGCCUGCCCCGCUGGAUCAGUCCUAAAAUGCGCCAACUGCGGUGGGCCUCAUCGCAGCUUUGACGAGGCCUGCCCAGUCUACCUGUUCAAGCAGGCGCAAGUCCAUACGGAGAGGCGGCGUUUCGUCCCUGCUCCUCUUCCAACGAAGCCAGCCUGGGGUCAAAACAGCCGAGCACCUGGUCCGAUCCACCCUCCACCCCUAACCAGCAGGACCAUAGCGCCAAGUCACGCCAACAGGACCAUGCUGCCCCCGCCACCGCCUUCACUAACGGAGUUUCCUCCGCUGAGGCAGCACAAAGCUGUCCCGACGAGCUCUGCCCACCCAGCCCAUGAUAUAAAUGGGAACGCGGUGGCCAUGCUGGACAGUGUCCAGCGGGAAUUCGCCGAGCUGUCGACGUAGAUCAACUUGCAGGAGGUAAUAAAAGCGGUUCGUUUUGAUAGCGCUGCAUUGAGGGGUUGCGCCUCGAAGACGGACAAAUUCCUAGUCUCAGCGCAGUUCUUCAAUGAAGAUAUCAACAGCUUCGAUUUUUUAUUGAUAUUGUUAACUGUGUCCUAUGAGGAUUGGGGAAUGGAACUCAUGUGGACUCCGGAGUCGUCUCGGCGAGUUCGAGCAGUUCCUCGCGUCUGAGGACGUCGAUGUGGCGUUAAUCGUGGAAACAUGUUUGCGCCCCGGAGACAGAAUCGGAAUACGGGGGUACAGGCUCGAGCGUGCCGAUAGGCCCGGUCUAAGGGGUGGAGUUGACAUAGCUGUCAGAGCAACGAUCCCAUACAGGAGACUGCCAUGGAGGCAGUCAGUAAUAGGCAACGUAGGCGUAGAGCUUCCUGAUGGUGCUUUGAUCUACUUUGGGUACUCUACUUCUACUCGCUUACAGAACACUGACGUUGAUCCAUUUUUUCAACACCAAUAGGGUGUUGUUUAUGGGAGAUUUCACCGCCCGCCAUCCACUAUUUAAUAACCCUGGACUGAAAAACGCAGCUGGCAAUUUUCUAGCCAGCUACGUUCGCAAGAAUGGCCUACUAUUAUUAAUGCCCACAUCAUCUCCAACGCAUUAUCCGAACCGUGGAAUGAACCCAUCUUUCCUUGACUUCGGAAUAGCCAAAGGACUCGCCAACCUCACGGAGAUGGUGGUUAUAGACGCCCUCGGCAGUGGUCAUUCGCCCAUUUACCUCGACAUUAGGGAUUUAAAGCGCAUACAACCUGACGACUUUUGAUAUUCAUACGAGGAAUUAGAUUUUCGCGAAUAUCGAAACACACUACAAGACCUGACCGGUAUUCCGUACCGGAUCGAUACUGUCGAGACUCUCGAGCUUGCAGUAAAAGAUCUCGCAAAGAAUAUACAACGGACACAACAAGCUUUGGCCAAAAAAUUCCCGAACAGACCGCGGCGUGACAACCUUCCUGAAGAAAUUUUGGACCUAAAAGGCGAAAAAUAAAAUCAGAAAGCGUUGGCAGCGCUUCAGGCAAUCUGCUGAUAGUAUAACGGCAGCAGAGCUUGCACGAGACAUCCAGAGCAAAAUUUCCGCAUGCAGAAAUUUUACCUGGGCAGAAAAAUUGCGAAACUUAUCUCCCCGUGACAAUUAUUUGUGGAAACUGUCGAGAAGCCUACGAAAAGGCUACGAGCAAGCGGAGUUACAUUACCACCAGUGACAAAUGCGAGCUGAUCGCACAUAAAGUCCAACCAGCCCUUCAGGAGAACGAGAUAGAAAGCCAGACCGCUGUUUUUGUAGAACGGAAGUAUCCUAUACCACCCUCUAUUUUGCAUUCCUAUAUAACAACCCCGUCGGAGAUACAAUCGUGUAUUUGGCGACUCCAUAGCCGAAAAGCCCCCGGAUCAGACGACAUCCCUUAUUUACUCCUCAAAAACUUACCGCGGAAAACUAUUGCGCUAAUAGAGCAAAUAGUCAACGCAGUCCUUAAAUUGCAGGACUUCCCACAGAAGUGCAAAACUUCAGACAAAACAGGACUGAAAAACGUUGUAACUACGCAUUACAUUAUUACUGUAGUAAUUCCUGUCUUGAAGCCGGGCAAAACAUCGACUGAUCCCGCCUCUUAUAGGCCAAUUUCCCUCCUAAACUCCCUCGGAAAAUUAACCAAGAAGGUUAUCCUAUCGAGAUUACAGUGUACUAAUACUACGCAAUGCUAAAUCCCGCAUUGUACAUCACCUGAGUUUAUUGACGCCGUGUUUCGACAAAUAGAAACUUAAAGUGAGUCCCAGGAAGACUGAACUUAUUAUCUUCUCUCGCAAAUUCACUAACAAUAAAAUCCGAUCGCCACUCAUGGUCCAAAAUACUCCAAUCAAGCCAGUAAAAGAGGUGAAAUACCUGGGAUUCAAACUAGACGCUCGACUCCGUUUCAACAAGCAUGUUGACUAUGCUAUAUAAAAGACUUGCAUGGCGCGAAGAAAACUGUACUCUCUUCUGGGGCCAAAUUCAUUUCUGUCACCUCAAAACAAACUUCUGCUCUACACCUCCACCAUAAGGCCCAUACUGACUUACGGCUCCCCUAUCUUGCAUUCUGACAGGGGUUCCACGAGACGGCGUGUUCAGUGGACCCAAAAUAGGGCCCUGAGAGGCGUCCUAUCGGCUGACAGAUACGCCAGAAUAACCGAAAUGCAUGAAGCUACAGGAUGGCCUAUAUAGCCGACUAUAUAGAUACCAUCGCUGCUGAAUUUGAUCAUAGCGGAGUGCAAGGCUCAGUCCUUACGCGAAAUAUCACCCAACCCAUGGUCCCCUGUAUAAGCGACUUCCCAUAUUUCAUGAGGAUUUUGUCCCUGGCAGUACGUGACGACAAACAAACAUUGCCUGCCAAAUGCAGACAGUCGUUUYCAGCUGACUGGAAACGCACAAAUCCAACAUAACGUGACUUGGCAGUUUCGUCCUGUCUCGUUCUGGUUGGUGCUGGCUGGUCUUUGCACCGAUUGGGGCGGGGCGGAUGGAUUUCGUCAUCUGGUUGAGACUGCCAGCGGUUAACGCCACGGCUGACAGUAUCAAACUUAAAGGUCAAAGCAAAAGGGGUUUUUGGCUUCCUUUCAGGAAGACCUUUUUUCCUUUAUGAAUGCCCCUCGAAUAAAACCAAACCGCCACUUCAAGACUAUCUCCUGACGUUGUCGUGCGUAUGGCUAGCUCGGGAAUGCCCAUGUUAGGGCACUGCCCAGGUAAUGGACGACUUUUUAGAUGGCGCCUAUUUAGAUCAUGGGCAGAGAGCAACCAGCCGAACAUCUGGCCAGGCAUGGGAGGGUUUCCUGAACUUGACUCUUGUUUUAACUUUGUUUGUGCGUAUAUGAAUGUGAAUGUUUAAUAAAUUUUUAUCUAUAUAUCUAUCUAUCUCCGGAUAUUUAAAAAUAUAAAAAGUUUUUGAAAAACUUUGAUCAUCUAUUGAUUGGCAGAGGAGCCGGCCAUUUUUUGUUAAUAAAAGUUAGGUCAGAUCGUCAGAAUAUCGCAGUACCCUUUUGACCAUGCGCUUACGGGACACCCUGUAUAUGUGGUAACCUUUAAACUUACAUAUCUGAAUAGUAAGCGUCAUGCAUAAUAUUACUUUUGUUACAUUGUUAUUUCAGUUUUUGUCCACAUUGUCCUACCUACUUUUUAAAACAUUUUGAAAGUCUUUAUAUAACGUGUUCACAACGACCCUUUUCAAUUUCUGAGUAACCUAAUUGCAUUGCUAAUAAACUCGAACUUUAUGUUUCAUAAUUAAUUAGUUUAACGUACAUUUGGUUCGCAAUAAACUAAGUGAGCAUUUCCAAUAAUACAUCUACUCGCAGCGAUAGUAACUAAGUGAACUUUAUCAUAUCAAGCAUUAGGAAACAAAUUUGUUUACAAUUCAUGGUUUGCACUUUUGUUAAUUGAAUGAACUUAUUUACUGUCAGUUGUAGUUAUUGAGGCAACUCGUUUUAGGGACAGGGGAGUAUCGAGUGUGAUUCGAAUACGUAAUGUGUUUGCAUUUUUCCGGGUUGCCGUCAUUGAAACAAUUACUUUGUAUAUUUAUUGUUGAUUUAUUAAAGACAUAUUUAAAUAGAUAUCAGCUUUGGAGCAUUAGGUGUCAGACCGAGUACUGAUACGCACCUAGAAUGUUUCUUUAAUCGGUACUAUUCAAUUUUGUAAUGAGUAAAUCAGUCAAAAACCGAUAUAAAUGAAAGUGAUGCAAGUCCAAUCCUGACCUGAAGGCGUAUUACCCACCCAUUAAAUAAACUAAAAAGUAUUGACUGAAUUUAGUGGUCAAUCCUUAUAUACAAUUGAUUUUACUGAAAUACUAUAAACACUGAAUAAAGAUUAGAACGGCCAGAACAAUAUUAAAAAUGGUAUUAAGCUAUAGCAGAAAAAGUUUGAUGUCGGUCCAGUUUAUGUGCAAUGUUUGUGCCAUUUUUGUAGUCGUACCGCUUUUUAGCUUCCAAGAGAAGCGAUUUUUAAGAAGAAAAACCUUUUUAGUUUACUUGUCAUUUGUUGCUGUUAUUAUGAUUGCAUCAGAGCUGGAGACCAUUUACAGUAUUUAUUUAAUACAAGACUUUACAUUGGUCCAUUUGGUGGCUGUGAUGGGCGAAAUUUGCGGCGUUCUGAUUUGGUCUACUGCUUUAUAUCAGACUUGCUUCAAGUGGCAUGUUUGGGAGAGUUUGUUCACAGACAUUCUAAGCUUGGAAGAUGUUGCUCAAUUAAAUACUAUUCGAACAAAAGAACGAAAUGUGCUAAAGAAUCCGAACUUUCAACUUCUACUGAGUUUAAUGAUCAUUAUUGCAUUACUUGUGUAUGAAAGAAUUACAUUCAGAGGAGAAGAAAAGAAAGUAUUUCUGUUCAACACCAGUUAUAUUUACUUCUUCCUCCAUUUCAUACUUUCAACUAUAAUUGGAAAUAUCGCCUUAGUGCUAAAAAACAAAUUUCAUGAUAUUAAUGGCCUACUGUCCAGUUAUGAAGCUGAUCAAUCAACAACUCUUAUUAAAGGAACACAAAAAGUUAAAGAUUUGUACUCAUCGAUGACGGAUGUGGUGGGUCGAUUUAAUGAGCUGUUUGGCCCACAACUUUUUUUGAUGGGUUUGCACUGUUCAUCUCAAAUCUUGCAAUGGAGCGUAUCGUUGGUAUACAGCAUGUUUACAACUAAAGAUGAUAAUGUUAACGAUUAUGCCAGACUGGCUGUUGGAAUCAUUUACAUAUUUCUCAUGUUGAUUUGGUUGGGUAUCACAAUGUUCUGUUGUGAUAUGGCUGUACUGGAGUCCGAAGAAAUUAUAACGAUCUGCUACAGAAUCCAACUAAAAUAUUCAGUGUUUUCUGAAGCCUAUCAAAGUAUCAAAAACUUGCUUUACUUAGUAACUAACACGAAAAUUCGGUUUACUGCAAUGGAUUAUUACGAAAUUAACAGAUCCACUAUGUUUGAUCUUAUCGGUACCACCGCUACGUAUUUUGUAGUACUGAUACAGUUUUACGAUGGUAACAAAAAGACUAGUUAAACUAUUUGGCACUCGGCGAAGAUCUAAUAAAUAUAAUCUUUUGUCUUA